AUGGACUCUAAUGCUGGCGACAUUGCCGCGCCCACCAAGGAAGACGAUGUAGCAAAAGCCGGACCAACAAGGGCCGCACUGGCCCCGGCGCCGCCGCCCCCCGCCACCACCCAACGACCUCCCAAACCCGCUGCCGUGGUCGAUGAGGUUCCCGAUGAAUAUGAGGAUGUGCCAGACCCGGAUGAGGACGACCUCGAUGAUCUUGACGGCAAGUUUGUUUCCUUCUUCAUACAUGUGCACAUAGUCACAUACAUGCUCGAUGAGUUUUCGGCUGUCAAGAUCGAGUCCCAAAAGCCCCCAGCUCCAUCCAGGCCGGGGAUACCAAGCCCUGCUGGUGGCGGUGCUGCUGCCGCCACCGAAGAGGAUGGACUUUCGGAGGAGGACUUUGCGAAACAGCUCCAGGACGGCAUGGCCGGCCUCUUGGGCGAACUCGAGCCGGAGAUGCAGGCGCAGUUUGAGAACAUCUUCAAGGAGCUCGGCGCUGCCGCCGCGGCAGGAGGAGGCGCGGAGCCGGUCCCCGCAACGGUCGCAGGCGGCCACUCAGGGGUGCCCAGGGGGGCGGCCAAUCCGGCUGCGGCGGCGGCCCCGCCAGUGGCAUCCAGCGCCGAGGCCUCGUUCCAGGAGACGAUCCGGCAGACGAUGGAGCGCAUGCAGGCAGGGGGCGCGCAAGCCACUGCCGCCGCCGCUGCCGAGGGCUCGGACGACUUCCUGGCCGAGCUCCUCAAGCAGAUGCAGUCGGGCGAGCUCGACGGCGAGGGCGGCGAGAGCGGCGCCGAGGACUUUUCCAAGAUGCUCAUGGGCAUGAUGGACCAGCUCACCAACAAGGAGAUCCUGUACGAGCCCAUGAAGGAGCUCAACGACAAGUUCCCCGAGUGGCUCGACAAGAACGCCGACAAGACGUCUAAGGACGACCUCCAGCGGUACCACGAGCAGCAGGCCCUAGUCAAGGAGAUUGUCAGUAAGUUUGAGGAGCCGACAUAUUCCGACGCCAACAAGGCAGACCGCGAAUACAUUGUGGACCGGAUGCAGAAGAUGCAAGCCUCGGGCUCACCGCCAGACGACUUGGUGGGAGACAUGCCGUCGACACAGGACGCACUGAACAUGCCCGACGAGUCGUGCAACCCCCAGUAA